AUGAAUUCAAAUGUUUGUAUUAAUUGCAACAAUAAAAAAACAAUCAACCGAACUGAUAAUAGACUAGUGACAGAGAGUUGUGGUCAUGUAAAAUGUAUGGAUUGUCUCCUGCAAGAAAAAUCUGGUUGUGUAGCCUGUAGUGAGUCUAAGAUUAGUCAAGUAAAUGGCUCCAAAUUAGAAGCAACUGAACUAAUAGAUGCAUCUAUUGGUAAUCCAGAAGAGAAAAAAGCUGAAUGUAAUGAUUUAAAUAGGAUAACACCAGAAACUUCUCAUAUCAAACUUGAAACAGAUAUGUCUGGUAUAAAAUACUAUGUGUGUACCAUUUGCAAUAAAAAGUUACAGACUCGUAAACACACCAUUUACCAUGCAUACUGCAAUGGACAAAAGAAACCAUAUCAAUGUAUGGAAUGUAAUCAGGGUUUUGUGUCUCAAUCUCAUUACAAAUAUCACAUGAGGGUUCAUCGGAACGAAAAGAUAUACCCGUGCGACGUGUGCAGUUCGAGCUUCGUGCAGAUGUCUAAAUUGAAACGCCAUAAGCUGAAACAUUCGAACGAGAGAACGUUUUCGUGUCCUCAAUGCGGUAAAUCUUUCAACAACGCGACUGCUCUGCGCAAACACAGCCUGACCCACUCGGAGGAGAAGCCCUUCGCAUGCGAGACCUGCGGCAAGAAGUUCCGAGACAAGUCCAACUACCGGAAGCACUCGUUGCGGCACCGCGACGCGAGCGCGGCGCAGGACGGGCCCCGCGGCGCCGGCCGGAGCCACCAGUGCCCGCGCUGCCCUCGCGCCUUCCACUCGCGCAAGGACAUGCGUCGCCAUCUCGCGGUGCACACAGAUUCAAAGCCGUUCCGUUGCAAGCUUUGCGAGCGUCAGUUCCGGCGCAAGGACAACCUGGAGAGGCACAUCCGCAACACGCAUCCCGAAGUGUACGCGCCUUCGAGCGCCGUCCUCUGCGAGCGCCGAGCGCCCGAUGCGUCGGUGGAGCCCGUGGCGUCAGAGGAGCCCGAGGCGUCCGAGGAGCCCGCCGCCGACGCGCGGUCCAUCCUCGAGGCAAAUAACGCGCGACGGAGCGUGAUCGUGGAGAAGCGGAGGACGGCGGCCGAGGCGCCGAAGCCCGUUCAAGAGGACGAGUACGUGCACAAGAUCCGGAAGGCCGUGGUGCCCUUGCCGCCCAUCGACCAGGAGAAAUUCCAAAGCGUGAGACGAGGCAUCCCGCCCGCCGACCCGGCGCCGCCGAUCAGGAACGUCGAGAUCUACCAGAAGAUCCUCUACGGCCGCGCCCUGCACAGCCCCAAGGCGCUCUGGCGGAGGAAGAUGGAGGAGAACACCGUCUAA